CGAGCUGCCGGACCCUGACGGCGAGGAUUGGCAGAUCGUCUCCAGCUCCGACGGGAAGGGCUUGAGGCCGAUGGAUUCGCGAGUCGUUCAGGCCGGGGUUUUGGCCGAGGACCUCGCCCUGAUCCGACGAGCUGGUCGCAUUGCGAUUGCCAAGGUCGGCGAGCUGGCCUCGCACUUGGAGCUCUCUGAGACCAGCUGGGAUCGCCGGCCCGCGACGGGCCCGCGCACCUGCUUCUGGGUCGCCCACAAUAUCGCGGAGCAGGACGUGGCCCCCCGGUCCCGGCACGCAAAGUUGAAGGCGGAGAUGAACUUGGGGUUGGCCGACCAGGCCGUGUCCGACCACGAGUUCUGCGGUCACUUGCUGCAGGUCGGGCCCCAGCACGACCAGCUCCACAUUUCGGUGCUCGCAAGCUUCGAGCUCAUCGCCUGGAAGCUUCAAAUGGCCGAGCUUCGUCAUCGAGACCGCGGCCUCUUUCGGCUGGGGCCCAGGGGUGAGCUGGCGGAGGACGGGCGCAUUUACGCGUGGGCCUCGGAGACGCGAGGCCAGCUGCGCACCUGCCCAGCGCUGUCUGCCUUCAUCUCGGAGAAGCUCCACAACGAGAGCAUCAUCAUGAAGGGGCGUCGAAAACCGAGGGAGGAACGAGCCACUGCGCGCCCCAGUCUGCAGACCGGCACUGGCGCUGUCGGAGGCAGAGGCGGGGGGGCGAAUGCCGGGGCGGCCGAGCUGCAGUCCAUGGUCGACGCCCAGGCGGCCGAGCUCAAGAAGCUCGGGGAUGUCGCGAAGACGGGCGGCGGCAGACGGAUUCCCGCGCGCGGCGCCGCCGAUCUGCCGCGCGCCGCUUGGACUAGUUACAACCAGUGGGCGCGCCCCGUCGCUCGGAAUCCGUCGAACUACAGCGCCGCGCAAUGCGCAGGCCUCGAGCACAUCCGCGCCGACAUGCGCCACUUGGGGCCGCCCGCGGCAGCUCCGUGGGAGCUGCGCGGCACCGAGCCAGGCAACGACAUGCGCCCUGCGAUAGUGGCAGAUUUCAUCCCUGAUAAGGUUGCCCUCCCGAGCGACGACCGCAAGUGCGACGCGGGCGCUGUCUCGAAGGGCGUUGCCCGCCUGGCCCGG